UUACUGUUGUAUUGAUUACUUCUGCCACCAUAUAAACCUACACAUUAGUUCUUAUAAGUAGUUAGUUUCUGCAGCCUGAUAUUAAAAGACCACCAUUCGUUGGUGUUUGCCAGAGUUUCCUCACAGUUCUUUGUAUUGAUAGUGUAUUUAGGGCAGACCCACCCUGUUGUAGGAAUAUAAUACCGGUUACACAAUGCUGCUGUGCUCAUUAAUGUUUUUCCUCCCCCCUCACACACACACACACACACACACACUCGCAGGGUUUGGUGAUAACAUCCACUGGAGGACGCUGGAUGAUGGCAAAAAGGAAGCAGAGGCAAGCGGACUGCCAAUCAUGCUCAUCAUCCAUAAGAGCUGGUGUGGAGCCUGCAAAGCACUGAAGCCCAAAUUUGCUGAGUCAAAGGAAAUCUCUGAACUCGCACACAACUUCGUUAUGAUCAACCUGGAGGAUGAAGAGGAGCCAAAGGAUGAAACCUUCAGCCCCGAUGGCGGCUACAUUCCUCGGAUUCUUUUCCUUGAUCCCAAAGGCAGAGUCCAUCCUGAAAUCACCAACAAGAACGGAAAUCCAAACUACAAAUACUUCUACAGCAGCGCGGAACAAGUUGUGUCCGGUAUGAAGGAGGCGCAGGAGAAGCUGACGGGCGACGCCUUCAAGCAGGGUCACACCGGAGACGAGCUGUGAGGAGGCAGAAACGGGCACCAGGCUGUAAGGGCUACACUUCCUCUACCUGAGCCUGAGCUUCAGAGCGCCCUGUAACAUCCCCAAACAACCCUUUUCACUAUUUAUACUCACACUUUAGACAGUCGGGUCCAUCUCAUGGUACAAAAACAACCACUCAAAAGGUGUCUGUGCUUUUUGUCCUGUCAUUGUCUUUGUUUUAUUAUACCUGUAUUUUGUAAUCUACUGUUAAUUAAAGGCCAUGUACUGUACUUACUGUCUGUAGAGGAUAUAACUAACUCAUUCUAGCCAAGUUUACUGUUAUUAACUCUCAUUUGCUGUUCUUUGAUGGGGGAAAGUUUUCCUUGUUUGUCACUAGACAACCAUGAUGUUUCACAAUCACACUGUAGAUGAUUCAUUUUAACCAAUAGUUAUGCCCCCCGCCCUCCCCAACAGCAACGAUAGAGUACUUCAUAUUAGUCAAGAUACAUAUUUUAACACCUUCAGCGACGUGCUUCCAAAAAUCCUCUACAGUAUGUUAAUUAUAUCUGUGACGAUAUUUACCAUAAACUACAACGUGGGCUCUGUACUUCUGAUUUCUCUUAUCCACAGUCUUUAAAAUAAUAUUCAUUUAAUCCUGCCAAAUUAUGUAUGCCUAAGGGUAAUUGGUUAUAUCUACAUAAUGUUCUUUUUUCCUGUACGGAGUCUGUUGUGCUUCUUGUCAAGUGACACUACUCGGUUCUUCUUUCUUUUUUUGUUUUUACUAGCCUUGUUAAACUCUGUGAAUGAGGGAUGAAAACAUUGGUUCAGUGUCUUGAUGUAUUUUAUACAUGUACACAGCCAAGUGUGCAAAUAAAGUUUGUUGUACUGA